AUGUGUGGUGACUUUAAUAGUGUGAUGGACACUGAUGAAAGAAUAGGGUCAAAUGUGAGAGAGGCGGAGAUGAGAGAUAUGAUAAAUUGCCUGAAUUGUUGUAGUAUGCAAGACAUUAAAUGUUCUGGUAAUUUUAAUACCUCUAACAAUAAACAACAUGGCACUGCAAGAAUUUUUUCAAAGCUUGAUAGGGUUCUUUCCAAUCAAGGCUGGGUGGAUUUAUUUUCUUCUGCUAAAGCUUGCUUUCAGAAUGAAGGAGAAUUUGACCAUACACCUGUAGUUAUAUCUGUAUACACAGAUGAUGGGGAUCAAGUUGUGGCUGAGGUUGAACUGGAAGCAAUGAAGGAUUAUCAUUAUAAGCAUAAAGCUUACAUGGAAUUCCUGGCUCAAAAAGAAAAGCAUGCUUGGAUUAAGGACGAUGAUGAGAACACAUCCUUAUUCCAUCAAAGCAUCAAAGCUAGAAGAUGGCAGAAUCAAGUAUAUAGCAUCUAUGAUGAAAAUGGGAUUUGGCAUGAAUCUACAAAAGCUGUUUCCAAGGCUUUCUUGUCUUAUUAUGAAAAAAUUCUUGUUGAGGAGGUUAAGAAGGCCUUACUGUCUAUUCCAGGAGAAAAAGCUCCUGGAACAGAUAGUUUUGGGACGCAAUUUUAUAAAGUUGCCUGGUCAAUUGUAAACACUGAAGUUAUAGAAGCAGUUCUUGAUACAUUACAGGGAAGGAGAAUCUUAAAGGAGUUGAACACAACUAUAAUCACUCUUACUCCUAAGACGAAAUGUCUAAAGAAUAUAGAUAUUCAGAAAGCUUAUGACACAUUCAAUUGGGAAUUCUUGAAGGAGAUGAUGCAUGCCUUAGAGUUUCCUCAAGAAUUUCUAGAGCUUAUAAUGGAAUGUGUCACCACUUCUAUGUUCUCUUCAAUGUUGAAUGGGAACAUGACUGGUUUUUCAAAUCUUCAAGAGGGUUGA